AUGAGUGUCUGGAUUGCCUGGUUAUGUGCUUGGCGUUUCUUCCUGCUCGUUUCACUGACCGUGACCGCUAAUACUGCGACUAUCCCAGCGGAGACGUUAUUGAAGAAAUUCGGCACGAAUAACACUAUGGAUGCAGCGCAAACUGCAAAAUUAUUUCAGAGUAUGGGAAUGUCCAAUUGGGACUACAAUGGUUCAAGGGAGGAGGUAAAAAUGUUCUGGAUAUUAAUUAAGUAUGUUACAUAUAAUACCAUGCAGAGACACACAGCCAAUCAGUAGAAUCUUCAAAUGCUUUUAUAAAUAACUACAAAAAUAAUGUUAUGUCGAAGAAUUCCUCACAAAUUGUAGAGACGAUUUAUACUAGAUAUCAUAGAAAACAUUCUUGAUUUACAGCAGUUAACGAUUUUCAUAAAAUAACAAACUAUAUACUGUAUAUCAGAAGAAAGCUUAUUCAUACAAUCGAAAAGUUAUCAUCACUUCUACCUAAAGCUACUGUCAAUCUGACAUUCAAAGAUACCACAUGCUGUGUAACACCAAGGUCUCAAUAAAAAAGCUUUGUGUGAUUGUGAGCUCUGGGUGAUUUAAAUUGUUGUGAUAUUUGGAAUAAUUGUAUGAAUCCGACAUGUAAAUCCAACAUAUUAAUUUGAAACAUUACCUACUUUAGCCAGAAAUGUCAUGGAGAAGAGCUACCAAUUGUAUUUAUAUGUAUAUCUGCGGAGAAUUUAUUUUUCAGUGUAUACAAUGGAGAUUUAUUUAGCAAUUUCUUGCAAAAUCGAAUUAUUUAUUGUUAACAUUAAUUGGCAAAGGCGAGGUUAUACCAUAGAUGUAUAGCCAUGCAUUGUGGGUCCACCGUUGGAAAAUUUCUGACCAUUAGAAAGCAUGUGUGCACUAUGCAAUUUAUUUCUUGUAUAAUUAUGCAAAUUUUAAAUCCUACUGUGUUUAAAAUGUUGUUGAUUAGUUUGUGAUUAGGUACAGUUAUUUCUACAAACAAAAACAAUGUUAUGUCUCAAAUGAUUAUUUAAAAUCACCAAUACACAAUAAAAUGUCCCCCAAAAUGCCGCUGAAAAUGGCGGACUUGAAUGACUUAGACUCUUGCACUUCACUUGGUGGAAUUAAUAUUAGGAUGCACUGAUUUUCCUUGGGCAGCAUUACCUUCGAAGUUCAUAUAUUAUGCGUGGUAGCCUAGAAGUCCAAAUAUAUUUUCACAUAUAUAAUUUUAUGCAUAAACAUUUGAACUAUGUGUAUGUAUUCGAACUAGCGUGUAUUCUUGACUAGAAUUCCCAGCUGUGUGGCUGUGAUUACACGAGGAGUCGUUUGCAACAACGAUUUGACAUAUAUAUAUAUAUAUAUAUAUAUAUAUAUAUAUAUAUAUAUAUAUAUAUAUAUAUAUAUAUAUAUAUAUAUAUAUAUAUAAAUAUAUAUAUAUAUAUAUAAAUUGUAUCCAUGACGGUAUAUAUAAUAUACAAUUUAUAUAAUAUAUAUAUAUAUAUAUAUAUAUAUAUAUAUAUAUAUAUAUAUAGUAAUUAGCGAUUUUAUUGGUAUAUCGUCAUGGAUACAAUUUACUGGGUACAAUUUUUUCUGGGGGGGGGGGAGACAGUUGGCUGUCAAUCAAUUAUGCGCCCCUGUAAUAUAACGCUUGGUGAACGAGGGCCGAAGGCUCGAAUCAAGCGCCGCAGGUUCAAGGUUUAAAUUUAGAGUCUCUGAAUUGCCAUUUCCUGGACUUGGGAGGAAGAUUUGACAGAAAUUUGAUGGUCAGGAAACGGCAUUAUAAUGUGUUUACAUUUGCAAUUUAGUUAGAAUUUAGUAGUAGUACUUAAGGUGGCUCUCUACAGUUCUUGAAAUAUGACAAAAUUGUGAUUUAGAUUUAAUUUUUUUGAAGAGAGGUUUCUUGUUAGAAGACAAAAAUUGUACCACAUAUAUUGAGCAAUCUUCUAAGAGUUGAAAAUUGUUUACAAAAGUGACGUCAUAACCGUUGCUAUGGUAACAAUGACGUUUCAAUAUGGCCGACAUUUUACCUUUUAACACAUCUUACUCGAAAAAAGGCCGGUUACCUCCAUUUUUAUUUCGUGAGACGUUUUCAUUCAGAAAAAUGAAUGAUGUGAACAAUUUUAAAAAAAUCCGUAGAUCCAAAAAAUAUUUAUCACGAAAAAUCACGUUUUUUAAUUUUUUAAAAAUUCUGAUCUACAGAAUUUUUUUAAACUUGUUCACAUCAUUCAUUUUUCUGAAUGAAAACGUUUCACGAAAUAAAGAAUGGGGGUAACCGGCCUUUUUUCGAUUAAAAUGUGUUAAGGUAAAAUGUCGGCUAUAUUGAAACCUUAAGGUAAAAUGUCGGCUAUAUUGAAACGUCAUUGUUACCAUAGCAACGGUAAUGACGUCACUUUUGUGAACAAUUUUCAACUCUUAGAAGAUUGCUCAAUAUAUGUGGUGCAAUUUUUGUCAAGAAACCUCUCUUCAAAAAAUUAAAUCUAAAUCACGAUUUUGUCAUAUUUCAAAAACUGUAUUGAGCCACCUUAAAUUAGUACGGUAUCGGUUUUACCAUAACUCUUUGUUUUACAUUAAUUUAUAGAGGAAUAAAGUCACUCGUUGAGUAUAUUUGCAUAUUUAUAUUAACGCUGAUCCAACUAGUAACUUGUAAUGUUUUUUAUUUUCAUAUAAUCGCCUUUGACAAUCCUAAUGUCAUACCUCCAAAAGCGGUUAUAAUCUGCACCUUGUCCAAAGACAUUAAAAUUUUCCGUUCAUGCAGUGCUCAUAAGUAGCAACACUUUAAGUUUUUUUCAGACAGAGAUAAACGUACGCGAGUUUUUACUCUCUAAAAUCAGAGAAAACAGUGCUCAGCAGUUGCAAAACUGAUUGGAAUUACGACCGCGUAAACUUCCCAAAGAGUUGGAAAUGCAUCAACUAAUUAAGCGGUAAUCAGGAUUGAACAAAAUUCUCAAAGCUUCUAGAAAUGAUAGUUUAUCCUUGUCAUUUGGUUCUUCAGCAGUUCCAUUGUCGCUUGACUCGCUGUCGGAUUCGAAUUCUUCUUCGUGGUCUUCGAUUUCAGAUUCAGAACCGGAAUCUAAAUUAGAAUCUUUCUCUUCUUCUUUGUCUUCAUUUAAAAAACACUGCAGAACACUUGAAUUUUUUAAAGAUUCUGCAAAGUUGAACAGUUCAUCUGGACAUCGGUGCGAGUCGAUGUGGUACAUCGUGCAGAAGCUAGUUUUACUUUCAGGACCGUAGCUAGACCGAUAAUUGAGGUGUAUAUAGAGAAUAUUACACGGCGGCGCAAAGAUAUGACUUUUAUCUUCGAGUGGAGAAAACAAUAUUUUACAAACGAGCGCAGCGAUCAAUGCGAGAAAUUGCAGCAAUGGUCGGUUUUUCUCAAAACGAUUUCUCAUCGAGUUGAUCACCGUGUCCGUGGCAACAUAAAACGUUUCUCGUUCCCAUUCAUCUUCGGUGCUCUGCGCUGGUUCGUCCGUAGCAAUAUCUCCAUCCAUUACUCUGUGUCGGUGAACUGUUUUUUCUUUCCAAUCCACCGUUUCGCAGUCGUUUCGAUGAUCUUUGUAGGUGUGAAAGUGCUGUAUCAAUCAAACCCAACGCUUUGCCGAAAUCUACGUUGACUCACACUCUAUAAACACCGACUCAACGGACCAGUAAUGGCUACGUUUCAAAGGAUGAUCGAAUCCCUUUUGCAGUUGAUCUGGCGUGUGUACUGAAUGUAACCGAUUUGCCUCAACUUGUUUAAGAACUUGCAUCACACACUUGUAUCGCAAAAGAAAAACUAGCACUCCACCGUACCGCAUUAAUGCGCUUCAAUUCAAUGAAAAGACUUUUAUAUUAGCUUUUAUUUCCUUUGAACUGUCUCGAACAACUGGUGAAUUUCUUAAGACUUGCUGAAGAGCAAAUACAUCUUUUCAAGAUUGCUAAAAAUGGAGAUGACAUUGAUAGGGGGCGUCAUCUGAGUCCGAUAAGACCAGGUUCAAGGUAUGAGCAUAGCAAUGUGUGCAUGACAUGAUUGCCAAUUUAUUUUUGCACUAUUGCUUGUAAUCCAUUGUAGCAGCCACUCAUGUUGUAGAAGCUCCAUCAUAUGUUUGUGCGACGAUUUUACCAAAGGUUACUCUUUCAGCCUUUAACGCUUUCAAUCAUUAUAGUGUAAGAGAGACUUUGCGUUGUGGUACUGGAAUAGUGAAGCAUAAUAAAGGCAUAAUACCAGCAAAAAAGGGCAUACUAGCAAAAAAGCACACAAUUCCAGUGAUCGCUUCGAAACCUAACCAAUAUUACUAAUAUUCCGGAUGUGACAUUGCGUGUGAUCACUGAUCAUGUUUCUAUUUGAACGAUUUCGUGUGAGGUAGCAAAUAUGGUUAGGCAAAUACGGUUAGACGGUUACUUUGUCGCAUAUGCGCAAAGUUUCGUUGCGAAAUGUUGUAAAAUGCGGAUAAUAUAGCCUUGCGAAGUUUGUAAUUUUCACUCAUUUUGUAUUAGAGGGGGACAUUGGUAUUUACGGUAUGGCGGUAUUAGCUUAUUUUUCUUACGGUAUUUCGGUAUUUUCCUUGGAAAAUUGCGGUAUUACGGUAUUUGCAAUUUUGGACUCAAAAGCUGCGGUAAUUGACAAAAUUUGCUUGCCGUAUUACGGUAUUGAAUACCCCCCAAUGCCCCCCCUCUGUAUUACGCACAGAAGUGGUAACCAUUUCCCGUUUGUAAUCUAAAAUGACUGAAAAUUGCAAAUUUCGCAAGGCUAUAUUAUCCGCAUUUUACAACAUUUUGUAACGAAACUUUGGAAUAUUACUAAUUUUGUGAUGCUCGUUUAAGCUAUUAUGAAAUUUUUGUUCAGACUAGUUAAGAUCAAAAUUUUGGUUAAUUGGGGAAUGUUCCAUUGCAGAUCAUCAUUUCCUAUUGAUACAUCAUACAUGAAAUAAAAAACAUAGGUCACCGGCAUCGUUUUUGAGAUAGCGACACAUUUAUAGGUUAAAUUGAGAGGCCUUAUGCUUUCGUUAUGUUGCCAUCAGAACACUGACGUUGUCGAAAUCUAGUUCGAAAUAUUCCUUAGGUGACCAAUAUUUCCACCAAUAGAAUUAGCGUUCUGCACGAAUAAGCCUGUUUUACGGAAUUAUUGGUUAAACAAGAAGAACUGUAAGGAGCCUCCUUAAACGUAUUUUACUCGAAAAACGUCCGGUUACGCCCAUCUUUUAUUUCAUGAAAAUUUUGGAUCUACAGAACUUUUAAAAAUUGUCCUAAUGAUUGCUCAUACUAGACAAAAACUUAUAAUAAAACAAAAAUUGGGGAUAAACAACGUUGUUUUCGAAUUAAACUACAGUAGUUUAAAUGCAAAUUAGCAGCCAUUUUGAAACGUCAUUGUUGCCAUAGUAACCACAGUUACAUACUUUUCUGUUACAGCUCCUGAUUCUCAAAGUUACAUACUUUUCUGUUACAGUUCCUGAUUCUCAAAAUAUUGUUCUACAGUUAUUUCAAUUAAGGUUGUCGACAAGCAAAUUAAAGCGGAAAAGUCGAAUACGAGCGCGAAAGGCUGCAGGGAAUCGCUAUGAAAAUUCACUAUUUUUUAGGGAUUCCCAUCAGCCUUUCGCGCUCGUAUUCAGCUUUUCCGCUUUGCUCGUGGACAACCUUAAUUGAAAUAGCUGUAUACAAGACAUCUGGUUUCAUUCUUCUAUAAAAUAUCAAUGUACAAAAUUUUUUGGCCUGAAAUGUGUCUUUUCCACUUUUCAAGAAACUGUAUGGAGCCAUUUUAGUAUUAGUAUAUAUAGUAUUAAAUUGUAUUUACUUGAACCAUAUAAUAUAAAAUGUCUGACAAACUUUUGCUAGGGAAGCUGUUAGUAUAGGGAAUAGUGCAUGAAAAAUAUAUUAAAGCUUUAAUUUGUUUCGACCUCAUAUUUAUUGAGAAGAAGUUUGAUAAAAUAUGAACUUAGGAAAAGAACCGAGUUAAAGUAGCCUAUGUAACCCGAGCUCAACGGUAUGCUUCGUUGUUCACGUAUACGUAUGGACGUGGCAAGUUGAAGCAAGCGAUGUGUGUGGAAUGCCAUUCGCCAAUUCUGAAUAGGAUCAGCAAAAUCAGCUAAAUAAAGCCGUUACAUUAUGCAAAGCAAUACUUGAUCUCUCUAUGAACUACCAUGCAUAAUCUUAAAAUUUUGCGUAAAAUGCAAUAACUUGCACAUAAUUCUUUACCGAAUUCUCAAAAAUAUGCCAGAAAUACGGUCAUCGAGGAUAAAAAAUACAAUCAUUUGCUCAAAAUUUGAAGAUAAUAUAUAGGCCGUGGGCCGUUGUGCGAAAAAGUGCCUAGAAAGCAAUUUCGUGGUACCCUCUGGGAAAUGGAUUUUCUGUGGUUCAAUGCAUGCAAAGAUGCUCAAUUACCAAAAAACGUUCCCAAGCAAAAAACAUACCCAAUACCGAGCAAAUGGGUGAUCAGUGAUUUAGUAUCGUCUAUUAAAUUAAUUGUAUUACAACAAGAAAGUGUGAAAUUUUGUAAUCUGCAAUCACAACAAAAAUGACUUGCAUCAUCAGAAAGCUUACAAUCCUACAUAUAUCCGGUUCUUUUAAUAUCUCAAAGUUAAAUAACAUUAUUUUUUAAAGAUAUUUUAAAAGAUGAAAGUGAUGAAGAUGAUUUCAGAGAUUCAGGCAAACUAUUCCAUAAUGAGGCUCCACUAUAACUGAAGGAGCUAGCGCUUAAGAUAAUUCGUUCUAAGUUUAGGGAGAAGCAGUUUGCCUUAUUUAGAAUCUCUGAGUCUAUACAGUGACUAACUCUAGUUAAAUACAAAUCUUGCAUGUAGAUACGUACAAGUACGGAGCUACGUGCAGAUGAAGCAUCAUAGGAAGAGCGUGUUAUAACACGUGGAGCUUUAUUUUAAAGUUUUUGAAAUUUAUCACUCAAUUUACUACCAAUUCCAUCCCAAACAAGAGCUCUGUGGGUUCAAUUAGUCCCUAUACUACACUCUAGCUGCUGUAUCUUGACUAGUAUUAAUUUCUUAUUCGCUUUAGAGCGCUAAUUGCGGCUGAGAAAAAUUUUAAUUUUUAGAAAUUUCAUCAAUAUGCCUUUUCCAGGUCAAGUUUUCAUCAAUUUUUUAAAAGUCCUAAAGAUUUAGAGCUAUGGACUGUUUGCCUAUACGAAAACAUUAAUUUCAUGCAUGGCCAUCAAGUGUCAGUUGCAAGUCUUUGACGAGAACCGAUAACCAUGCUUGAACUCAGUUUUAGCAACAUUUAAACUUAACUUGUUAACAUUCUUUACGUUUUUCAAGUCCAAUAUUCAUACGAUUUUCAGGCUCAUCAAAUUCAUUACUUUGAAAAGACUAUUUGAAGAAUGAAAAAAAAUGUUUAAAAGUCUUACAUGCAUUUUUUGCCCGUUUUCCGAUGACGGUUACAGUUUUUACAAAGAAAUUACUUGUGGUGCGGUUAACGGUGAAUGCGAAAAAAAUACGACAGUUUAUAAAAAAUACAACUUUCACCAAACAAAACCUAAAAACACGAUAUUAAAAAGCCGACUUAAAUUAAAAUAAAAUUAAAAAUAAAUCUUCUUGCGCGUAUAUCAUAGUUCUAUUCGAAUAUAAUAUUUAUAACAUUUUUUCCCCAGAAAAGCGUAGUACUACGAGAUGAAUGGUUAAAAAUUAUUAGAUAAAUGUACUUGGAAACAUUACAGGCCUGCCAACCCUUGCCGGAAGAAAAUGUAGAGAUUUUGUAGCGGGUGGGGGAUAUUGAUAAUUUCCAAAUACACUAAAGUGGACCCUUUAUAAGAGACUAGAGAAAGAAACAUUGUGAUUAGGAUUCCAAGACUCAUGACACAAGCGCGAAACGUAGUAUGUAUAGGGCCUAUGAAAUAUUAUAUCCCUAUACUUGCUUUACUUUUUAGAGUUGUUCCUCGAGCGCAUAUUUCCAGACAACAUAUUCCAACAACGAUGGAAUGGUGGACAAAACAGGCCUAGCAGAUUUAUGUCCAGCAAUUCUGUACGAGUUAAGUAAAGAUGCAUGUCAGAGAGAAGCAAAGCAAGAAGAAGGAAACAAGAGUGGUGGGAAAGAAGACGUGGGAAAGGGUAUGUACGCAUUCCUCAGGGAGCAAACACUGAGUAAACAUACAUGUAAACAUACAUGUCAUAGGGCGGCUGAGAAAGAUGUUUGGGGCGGGGAGGGGGGAAGGGGUUUGGGUGUUGGGCAACUUUAUUUAAAGACGCUAGCAUCGUCAAUAGUUUGUCGGUUUCCUCGAGGGGCGACAAGCCAUUAAAAUUAUUUACAAGAAAACUAUUUACAGGAAUUACAUACGAGAAAUGAAAAUGUACGGAAAUUAGUUACUUGGUGUGACCCGUGUAUUAUAUUAUAUUACAGUGUAGUUGCACAAUGAUAAUUUUGUUUCAAAAAUUCUUUAAUUAAAGAGUAAAUAAACUCGACUAGGUCAACAUCAGUCUGAAGACUAUUCCAGAGUGUAGCCUCAUUAUACUUGAAACUUUGUUUAAGAAAUUCUCUUCUCGGUUUUGGAAGGGCUAAAUCAGAAUGGACAUUUCUGAGCUCAUAGUUAGUUUGUAUAGUAUUUCUCUUUAUUAAUAGUGUUUCUUUCAAGUUCGGUCCCGUGUGAUUAUUCAGGACCUUGUAAAUGUUGAUUUGGUUGUGCGUUGUUUUGUCUCUCAAUUAUCCCAAGCAAUGGAUAGAAGGACAUCAGCAUAUCUGGUCUCGUAGCUAGCGCCUGCUAGAAUUCUCGCUGCCGGUUUUGAAAUGUUUUUAAGUUUAUAUUUAAGCUGUUUGUUACAAACUCCCCGUAAGGCAGAACAGUAAUCGAAGUAAGGCUGUAUCAGCGCGCGAUAAAUUGUUUGCAAGAUGUUUGCAGGAAAAUACGGCUUAAUUAAUAAUUUUCAUUGUUCCUAUGCCUGCCCCAACCUUCUUGCAAAUCGUUUCAAUAUGUUCAUUCCAGUUAAGAUUUUCGUCGAGCUCGACACCAAGACAUGUCAAUGACCGAACUUAAGGAAUCGGUUUGUUAUUCAUCGUCAUACAGGAAGAUCGCAGUUCAUUCUUUUGAGGUUGUACCUCGACUCAAUAUAUAUUUUUUUAGUUGGAUGAUUUUGGGCGAAUAAAUUUGAUUGUUAUCAGCAUAUAAACAAGGGUGUUUUUAUCCAGACAAGGGCCUAGGAUUGAUCCCUACGGAACACCACAAACAAUCUUUUUAGAUGUUCACAUUGUGCCAUUAGCAAACCUUCCCGAACCUUCACACACCUGAGGAGUGCAUGCAUGGCGGUCAAUAACCUGCAGGUAAAGAAACAUUUGGGUUAUCAUGCCACAGUCUCCCCUGGUACCUGUGAGAGAUAAGUAAGGAAGACGUUGGAAUUAAAAUGUUUAAAGUUACGGAGAUAUUGUUGUUAUUUUGAGAUUUAAGAAUAUGAGACUUUCUGAAUACGCCCUCUUCUUUAAUAACAAAUGAAUAAAGGUGCUUCUCGCAGCACAGCACUGCGGCUGGAGGAAAAGAGCAGAAAAGUAGGCUGCAUGAACUGAGGAUGUGAAAAAGGAUGUGCACUACUCAGGGAGGGUGCCGACCGUGCCGCUGACCUUUCACAUGAGUUGAGUCUGAAUUGCAACUCUAAUUUUACCUUAUUGGUUUAGAGUUGCUCUCAGAUUGCGAAAACAUCCGGUUUCAUAACGCAAACGUUGACGAUAUCGAAACAAAGCAAGUAUGGGAAAGUUUGAGCAUUUUCAUUGGGAAAUCUAUUUCUAUUUGGCCUUUUAUUGCGCGCUAGGAAACAGGCUAACAAUUCCUUCGCCCCGCACCAAAUUGAGAAAGCUCUAUAUAUAGGUUUAGACUGUAAAUUAUAAAUAAGGAAUUUUCUGUUGGUUUCUUAAUUUUUGUUUUCCUUCCAUUAUUUUUCAGCCUGGGGCUUUGGGAUCCUAUUUGUCACCGUUAUCAGCAUGGGUUCACUACUGGGUGCGGUCAUGGUUCCAUUUAUGCGGAAAAAGAUAUUUCAAACCAUUCUAAUGGCCAUGAUUUCUCUUGCAGUUGGUGUACUCAGUGGCAGCGGCAUUUUUCAUCUUAUUCCACAUGUAAGCUUUAUAUUUACAAAGCUAGGCAGAUAGAAAAACGGAAGACGUUGUUGGAACCGUGGUUAGUGCAUGAGCAUUUCCCGUUUGUGAUUAGGAUUCGAAUCCUGCAAUAUGCAGUUUAUUCCUGAUCCAACGGACGUGAGCCCGGGCGUGGGUGCUAAUUCCAACACGGCUAUUCCAUGGG